AUGGAAAGCCAGGAAGCAGUCCAGUGCCUAUCAUCAAGACAGAUUGAGUAUGACAGGGAGUGGGCUGCACUCGCUCUAGUGCCAUUUUUUAUGCUUCUUGGGAUAGUCGUCUCCAAGGCCAUCUACAUGCCCAUCUGGACGUAUUUUAUCGCGCUCGGAUUCGGUGCUGCGGCAAUGUUGCCAAUGAGCUUUGUGUAUGCCCUGUCUGGCUUCUCCGUCAAAGUCGGUUUCUUUAACGAACUUAUAUAUGGAUAUAUGAUUGACGCCAAGGGCUCAUCCCGACACCCUUUGGGCCAACUUGCUUAUCGAAUUAUCUCUGGCAACGUAUGGUACGACGCGAGAAUUGUGCUAGAGGAUCAAAAGAUCGGCCACUACCUGCACAUCCCACCGCGCCAAGUCAUCGGAAUCCAAAUAAUAGCCAACCUGCUCGCCCUGCCCAUAAACUACGGCGUGAUGCGGUGGGUCGUCGCCAGCAAAUUCGACUACGUCAGCGGCCGCAAGCCCGACCCCCUAGGCCAAUGGACAGGACAAGAAUUCCAAUCCUACAACACAGCAGGAAUCCAGUUCGCGCUCGUCGGGCCCCGGAAACUCUUCGCCUCGCCCUUCUUCAAGCCCAUCCUAUGGGGCUUUCUCGCGGGUGCAGUCGCCCCGCUCCUGAUGUGGGUGCUGCACAAGAAAUUCCCCCGCGCGCGGUUCGAUCUGUGGAAUACAACGAUCUUCUUUGCCUCUGCCGCAGUCUUCUACGGGAAUCUGAGUACCGGCCCAUUUACGACGUUUCUCGUGGGCACGUUCACGAACUUCUUCCUGUAUCGGUAUCGGCGGGUGUUUUGGAAUAAGUGGGCUUAUAUCAGUGGGGCGGCGCUGGAUACGGGGUUUAAUGCUAAUCUGCUGUUUAUCUUUAUCUUUUUGGGGACGACCGGGGCGAAGAUGGUGCAUUGGUGGGGGAAUAAUGCUGAUAGUAUUGAGAGGUGUUUUGCGCUGUAG